AAGCUACCGACCGACCGGCUGCCGCCACUAACAGCAGUGCGGUCCAUGUGCAUGCGCUCGCUGCCCUUCCGGUCCUUGGGCGCCACCACUCACUACUGCAUCCCUUCCCUCUCCCGAUUUCUCUACCCCUCUCUCUCCUUCUCUACCUCCGCCGCAGCACCUGAGCUCACUCCCACUGACCUCUCAUCUGGCCUUCCCACCGUUAAACCCAUGUCCUAUCGCCCCAAUUACCAAGGAGGUCGCCGGGGAGGAGGCGGCGGCGGAGGCGGUCGCCGUGGCGGGGGCGGUAGAGGAGGAGGCGGCCGCGGGGAACAGCGAUGGUGGGAUCCCGCGUGGCGUGCGGAGCGUCUCAGGCAGAAAGCAGCCGAGAUGGAAGUGUUUGAUGAGAAUGAGUGGUGGGGUAAGAUUCAGGAAUUCAAAAGAGGUGGUGGGCAGGAGAUGAUAAUUAAGCGCAAUUUCAGUCGAUCUGAUCAGCAGACCUUGUCUGAUAUGGCCUAUCAGCUGGGGCUUUACUUCCAUGCGUAUAAUAAAGGGAAGGCACUUGUGGUUAGCAAAGUUCCACUGCCAGAUUACAGGGCUGACCUUGAUGAGCGUCAUGGAUCCACACAGAAAGAGAUUCAAAUGUCAUCCGAAACUGAGAGACUUGUGGGUAGGCUUCUCGAUAGCUCCCAGGGUUCUGUCACAAUCAGCAGCACUUCUACGUCAUCUGCUCAGGGAGUCAAGCAGCCAUCACCUGAUGGAAAUAUGUCGAGAUCUGUUUCUGCAUUGGAGAUCAAUCCCGACAAAGAUAAACUCAAUAGAGAGCUCAAGGAGCGGCAGGAAAAAAUGAAGGCAAGGGAAAGUCUGAAGGCGAUGCAAGCUUUUAGAGAAAAGCUUCCUGCAUUCAAAAUGAGAGAAGAGUUUCUGAAAGCUGUUGCUCAUAAUCAGGUGCUUGUAGUGUCUGGAGAGACGGGUUGUGGUAAGACAACACAGCUCCCUCAGUUCAUAAUGGAGGAGGAAAUAUCGUCUCUUCGGGGUGCCGAUUGCAACAUAAUAUGUACACAACCUCGUCGUAUUUCUGCAAUAUCGGUUGCUGCUCGAAUAUCAUCUGAGAGGGGAGAAGCCCUUGGUGAAACUGUUGGUUACCAGAUCCGCCUCGAAUCAAAACACUCUGCAGAAACAAGACUAUUGUUUUGUACCACUGGUGUAUUGCUCCGCCGCUUGGCCCAAGAGCCAGAGCUGACUGGUGUGAGCCACUUGCUUGUGGAUGAAAUCCACGAGAGGGGCAUGAAUGAGGACUUCCUGUUAAUAAUUCUCCGGGACCUUCUGCCUCGGCGCCCUGAUUUACGGGUUAUUCUUAUGAGUGCAACCAUCAAUGCUGACUUGUUUUCCAAGUAUUUUGCUGACGCCCCGAUGAUGCAUAUACCGGGAUUUACUUUCCCUGUUGAGGAGUUUUUCCUGGAAGAUGUGCUUGAGAAAACUCGAUAUAACAUCCAGUCUGAGUCUGACAACUUCCAGGGAAAUUCACGGAGGAGGAGAAGGCAGCAAGAAUCUAAAAAGGAUCCUUUGACAGAAGUUUUUGAGAAUGUUGAUAUCGAUUCUCAUUAUAAAAAGUACAGUACAACUGCUAGACAGUCUCUAGAAGCCUGGUCUGGAUCGGAGCUUGAUCUCGGUCUGGUUGAGGCAACUAUUCAAUAUAUAUGUCGCCAUGAAGGUGAUGGAGCCAUUCUUGUGUUCCUGACGGGUUGGGAUGACAUUUCUAAGCUGCUCGACAAGGUCAAAAUCAAUAACUUACUUGGAGAUACAAACAAAUUUCUUGUUCUGCCGCUACAUGGCUCUAUGCCUACUGUAAAUCAACAAGAGAUAUUUGACCGUCCACCUCCUAAUAAGAGGAAAAUCGUGCUAGCGACAAAUAUUGCAGAAAGUAGCAUCACCAUAGAUGAUGUUGUUUAUGUGAUUGACUGUGGGAAGGCGAAAGAAACAAGUUAUGAUGCUCUGAAUAAACUUGCCUGUCUCCUACCUUCGUGGAUCUCAAAGGCUUCAGCACGUCAGAGGAGAGGACGUGCUGGUCGUGUACAGCCCGGAGUCUGUUACCGACUUUACCCAAGAAUUGUUCACGAUGCAAUGCCUCAGUAUCAACUCCCUGAAAUCCUCCGCACCCCUCUUCAGGAACUUUGCCUUCACAUCAAGAGCUUGCAGCUUGGAUCAAUUGGAUCAUUCCUAUCGAAGGCGCUUCAGCCCCCCGACCCUCUUGCAGUCCAAAAUGCCAUUGAACUGCUGAAGACGAUAGGUGCCCUUGAUGAUAAGGAGGAACUUACUCCACUUGGAAGGCAUCUCUGCACUUUGCCCGUGGACCCGAACAUUGGAAAGAUGCUUCUGAUGGGGUCUAUAUUUCAGUGCCUCAACCCUGCCUUGACAAUUGCAGCUGCUCUCGCUUAUCGUGAUCCUUUCGUCCUUCCGAUUAAUAGGAAAGAGGAAGCUGAUGCGGUAAAGAGGUCCUUUGCUGGUGAUUCUUGCAGUGACCACAUUGCCCUUCUGAAGGCAUUUGAAGGGUAUAUGGAUGCAAAAAAGAGUGGGAAGGCAAGAGCCUUCUGCUGGGAAAAUUACCUGUCUCCAGUGACCUUGAAGAUGAUAGACGACAUGAGAAUGCAGUUCCUCGAUCUGCUCUCCGAUAUCGGUUUUAUAGACAGAUCCAAGGGCGCUAGUGCUUACAAUCAUUACAGCAAUGAUCUCGAGAUGGUGUCUGCGAUUCUCUGUGCUGGGCUUUUCCCAAAUGUGGUUCAGUGCAAGAGGAGAGGAAAAAGAACCGCUUUCUACACGAAGGAGGUCGGGAAAGUGGACAUCCACCCUGCUUCUGUUAAUGCGGGAGUUCAUCUCUUUCCCCUCCCAUACUUGAUUUACAGUGAAAAGGUGAAAACAAGCAGCAUAUACAUCCGAGACUCAACGAACAUAUCAGAUUAUGCUCUUUUACUCUUUGGUGGUAAUCUCUCACCCGGAAAGAAUGGAGAAGGGAUCGAGAUGCUCGGAGGUUACCUUCAGUUCUCUUCCUCAAAAAGCGUCCUAGAGUUAAUAAGGAAAUUGCGAGAGGAGCUCGACAAGCUCUUGAACAGGAAGAUCAAGGAACCGAGCCUCGACAUCUCAACCGAGGGCAAGGGGGUGGUGGUUGCCGCAGUCGAGUUGCUGCACAACCCGAACAUACGGUACCAUUCCGGCCCUAAUAGCUAAAGAAAAGAGACAUGCUUCCUCCCUGCAAGAUGAGCAGGAAAGAAACAUUUGACACCGGAAUUAGCUAUUACCCAUUUUCAUUUCCGUUGGAAACAUAUGUCGGUGGAAGCGUGUAGAGUUUUCUUCACAUCUUAGUUAUCUUUUUAGGUGAUCCACUAGGAUACAAAUGAACAGCAUGAUAUGUCACCGGACUGUUGCAUCAUGUAGCGAAGAGAGGAAGAAUUUGUUUUGGUAUAUUAUGGAUUUACAACGAGCUCAUUUACGAAGUUUAAUUCGAGAUUCUGAAUCA